ACGUCCGACGUUAGCUGUCAAAUCCCAUAUAAAUCUCGUCCGAUAAAAUCGCUUCCGAUGAGCAUUGCUGUUUUUUGCUGUUGACAAGCAGUUUUUACAGAAUUGACAAAUUUUAAACAUUUUGUCACCUCCGUGGCGCCGCGCCUAUACAGAAUCCAAAAUUAACUUUGUUGACAUUCAACGUACGCAGCCAAAUCAACACUUCGACACAAAACGCAGCCAACCAUUUGGUUGACGUUUAUUGACAAUACACACAUCGAGAGGAGCGGACGUGCGCGCUCUGCAAUUGCUUCAUUUUACUUGUAGUACCCACCGUAAUAAAAGUGUGAAUAUUGAUAAGUGAGUGAUUUCUAACCCGCAGUGCACGUAAUUGCGUACGCUUAUUCCAAAAUCGAGGUGUGGUUGGUGUUUUGUUUCAACAAUCAUUAGAUAUAUAUCUUCAAAUACAUACAUAUUUUCUGCAAUGAAUGCGGCGGCGCAAAAGGAUGUUUCAACCGUUAAAAAUAUAUUAAAACCAUGGACCAAAGAACCAUUAAUGAAAUGUUGGGAUUGGUGCAGUCCGAUGCUGGAUGGAGAAUCCUUAAGCAAUUUGUUCAAGUGUAUGGGAAGUUAUUGUAGCUUUAAUACGAACGAUUCCUGUGACAUGGUGGUUCAUUUAGCGAAACACGAUGAUAGUGCCGGAAUUUUUACUUGCGCUUAUUGUGUUAUGGUUUGUGAUAAAAUAAUUGAUCUUAUUGAUCACAUCAAGAAAGACCAUGGGCAAUGCCGUUUUCAGUGCGGUUAUUGCUUUUAUCGCUCACUGGAUGCUGCUAAUGUGUUAAAUCAUCAGCAAAUAUAUCAUGCUGAAGAUCGAAGCGGUGAAAAAUCAAUCAUCGAACUCCCCGAACGCCGCGACAUUCCUAAGAUUAAUUAUAUGUCUGCUGCUUUGAAAGGAAAAGUACGGCAAAAAAUAUUGAAAUGUACAGUAUGCCAUAAGCAAUAUCUGGCUAUAUCAUCGUUUAUAGAACAUGUACAAACGGUCCACUGUGGUGUGGCUAUCUCAUGCUGCUGGUGCUUAAGAACAAUUAAGAAGGACAAUGUUGCCGCUCAUUUGCUUACCCAUUACAUCGGAACAUAUGAAUGUUUGUAUUGUGAUUAUGCGUGCAACAUUAAGCAAAUGAUGCAACGGCAUCUUAGUAAUGUUCAUCCUAACAAACCAUUAUUCUGUUCUAAAAGGCGAGAAGUGAUGAAAUCGAAUCAGCCUAAUAAAAAGUACUUGCUAGAUUUAAGAGUAGUAGUACCUAACGAACUUGUGAAAUAUUUGGAUCCCGAUACUUCGAAAAGCGUUACAAAAACUAGUAUUAAUAAUAAUGAAAAAUCACCGAUUGCAGUACCACCGAUAUUACCGGCGGACAUAAAAAAGGAAGACCCAAAUGUGGACACCAAAAUACCAAAAAUUCUUAACGUUCAAGGGGGAAUUAAACUCUCUACAGCAGGGAAAAUCCUAACUGCCCAGCAAACAUUGCCUAUAGCGGCUGCCAAUCGUACAGUUUCUUUCCCCAACGCUAACGUGAACGUUAAUCGUGGUACGAAACGAGUAAGCGAUUCGCCUGUGUUAGGUUCGAACAAGAGAUUUAGGUUGAUACGCUCCGAAACUGGAACAAUGUUGUUAAAACUUUCUUCGAAUGCCAAUAUUACUGUGGCGAAACCAUCUACCAUUACGGGGCUAAGUGCUAGGUCUCCCUUGAUGGUUGGAAAUGGACCAAUUAGGCCAAAUGGAACGCACCCAGCAAUAAUAACAAGUCGUACAACGCAAACCGUACGAUCUUCUACAGACAGCUGUAUGACUACCAGCUCUACAACCUCAUCAUUCGAUAAACCUACUUCUUCGAAGCAAUUUUGUGAUGUGACACAAAGAGCCUUCGCAACUAGCGCUCAAAACAGCGAAAUCUCUAAUAGAGUCAAGAUACCCAGCAUGACAAUUUUCGAUAGACCUUUUGUUGCCUCGUACAGUGGUUAUGGCGAAAAAGAAGCUACAGUAAAGCAAAUAGGUUUUCAUUUUGAAGAAUUUCCUGAUCUAAUCGAUCGAUACUACCGAUUUUUGUGUUUACGUGCAAACAGAAAAAAGAUCACCCCGAUGGAGAUUAACACGUGCGGAAUGAUCUCAUGUACGGAACGGUUCGAGAAUCACGACGCACUAGUACAGCACAUGCGAAGCUAUCAUCACAUACUAUCUACAGAAGCCCCGUUACCAAUCACUUGCAGUCACUGUCUACUUAAGUUGAACAAUAUAAACACUUACAUCUAUCAUCUCACAGUGCACAGUCUCAAUCAGUAUGUUUGUUUCGUGUGCUGUUACAAACAUUUUUUGCUACCUAGUGUUGUGAAACACAUGAACACGGAGCAUGGCUGUACUUCGGUGCAGCUGUCCUUUGCUCAUCCGGUAAAGAAGGAUAUAUUGUCCGAUAUAAUUACCGUCAUGCCAGGCAGAAUAUCAGUGGAAGACAAGCGAAAGUAUGUGAAACAAACUAUAGAAAUAGGAGAAAAGCUCAUACAAACGAAAAUCAACUCAAACAAACCGUUGUUAUGGUCUAAAUCGAGUUUUGCUGGAAUUACCGCAACGGGUACUGUGAGCCAUAAACGAUAUCCCAAACAAGCACACUACAGCUUGCUUUAUAAGUGUGGUCUCUGUGGCAGUAAUGAGACCAGUAAAAUAUCAUUUCAAAAGCACUUAAUUGAGUGCCCUGAGAGAAAAAAUCACAACUCUUACAUAUGUGCGCAUUGCAGCAAAACAUUCAAAGAUUGGCUGAAAAGCCCAGAAACUAUCUUUCAGCAUCUGUACUACCAUGGGGAAAAUUUAUACGGGUGUGGAAACUGUGCCUAUUACCAUUAUUUGUUUGAGAAUGUAGCCAUGCACAUCAAGAGCGUUAUGCAUUCGUCCAAGUGUGAGAUAAACGUGUUGCGUGAAUCAUCGGAGCAAUGGGAAUGUAAUGUAUGCCAGUUGCGGUCGCCCUUAAGGCAAACGAUCAUGGAGCAUAUGCAGAAUGUGCACGAUUUGCCAGGUGAGCGUUUCAUGUGUUCGCUGUGCAAAUUUCGAACAUUUACUAACGCGGAAAGUAUUAAACAUUUUAAAGACAAACAUAAUGAGCAGGACGUCGUGAUGAUUGAGAUGUACCAUGUGAAGGAAAUCGAACAAUCAUCAAACAACGAAGACACAGAAUCAGAAUCUUCCGACGAUUUGCAAAUCAUAGAGAAAGUAGUUGAGGCAAUCACAAUUUCUUCGUCGAUUGAUGAUGCAGAAGAUUUGGACGAAAGGCUGGCAGAUUUUGACGACUCUUUGAAUGAACGCAUAAACACAGAACAUAGAAGAGUAGGCAAGGGUAGUAGCAGGCGUGAGAAUUUAAUGCUAUGUCCGGUGUUACGAGAGCAUAGUUAUGCUCUUCUAGCUACCGAUGAAACUGACCAACAAGAAGUUGUCUCAGCGUCAGCUGCAAAGGUGAAAGUGGAAAAGGAUCUCGAAAGUGACACCAUGACGAAUGAAACGAACACAGCUGCUACGGAUGCAAAUAAAGAUACUGCAAUGGAGGACAGCCAACAAUCUAAGGACAGUAAUGCUACAGGUGAGACUAAUAAAGACCUUUCAGUAGACAAUCAUAGUGAACGGCCUCGUGCAAAAUCCUUGGAAUCAGCGAUGGAACAGAGCAUGUCGCCAAAUACAGUAAUGAAUGCUUUUGCGAUGGAAAGGCGUGCCUCAAAACGGGUUGCUGUAAAGAAAGACGUAACCUGUCGUUGGAGUGUUUGCACCAAAUUUGGUUGCCUCUUUUGUGAUGACUGCUUCGAGCACUAUAAAUCAUUGCACAUGCACUCCCGAAUUGUCCAUGGUUUGAUUAGCAAAAAUUUUCUCAAUGAUCCAACAGAGGAGAGCGAUAAAAUUGGUUCGUUUACCGGAUUUCGGUUGUGCAGCAUUAAACGCUGCUUUUAUUGUGACAAGGAGGAUACCUUUUCGGCGCUUCGGACCCAUUGUGAAACGACGCACGCAGAUAAAACUUUCGUAUGUCUUGAUUAUUGGAACCCACUCAAAUGUGGACUGUGUGCGUAUCUCAAUGGUUCUGGCCAUGAGAAAGAUUUCUCCCAUCACUAUCAACAGCACCACAGUAGUGGAGCUAAACAUUUGUCUCCAUUUGAUCAUAUUGACGAUACCUUUAUUGACUGGGCGCUAACGCUUGGUAAGAAGCAGAACGUUGAAAACAAGGGAGACGGCAGGGUAAUAAGAUACAUUUGUGGGUUAUGUACUGAACAAACUGUGGACGAGUUAAGCAUGGGUCAGCAUGUGGCUAGACAUGCGUUGAAAUACGAUUGCCCGCAGUGUGAUGCAACCUUUAAGGAAUUGAAGGUGCUUUACGACCAUAUGACAAUUAUACAUCGUAAUGAAGAUUAUGUUGUACCAUCGGCUGCUCCCAUGAUUGAAGACCAAACGCUGCUAGAGGUGAAAAUGUGUUUCAUCAAUGGUUUUAUUUUGUCAAAGCGCGAGGCACAGUAUACUUGCCAUGGAUCAAUUCAAUUGUUGGAAGAAGGCUAUCAGAAGUAUUAUGCACAACAGAAGAGUGAUUUAGAAACGCAUAAGGAAUUGAUGCUGAUGCCUGUUCUUACAACAGAAGAACAAGAAGAUAAUCAAACCACAUGCAAAUUGUUUAUGCAAAAUCAGAAAAAAUAUCCUGUGAUCAAGAUCACAUCUGUCGAAGUGAGUGAUUUGGUAGAAGGUAAUACGAAUCCGUGAUUUGACAUAAAUUACACUGCAGAGUACAAUUUGGGUUUUAAAAUGCUUCUACCAAUAAGUUUUAAUUACUUCUCACUUUGUUUCAUUAUUGUUACGUUAAGGCUUUGUUAUCAUAUGUGUAUAAUUAGUAGUAGGAGAUAUCGUAAAAUAAAUGAAUAUUCUGAAUAAAC